UUUGCUGCAAAAGUGCAAAAGGUAGAGACUCGUGGGUUUCUGUGGAGUGAUUUAUUUAUUUAUUUAUUUAUUUAUUUAUUUAUUUAUUGAGCCUUUGCUGCAAAAGUGCAAAAGGUAGAGACUCGUGGGUUUCUGUGGAGUGAUUUAUUUAUUUAUUUAUUUAUUUAUUUAUUGAGCCUUUGCUGCAAAAGUACAAAAGGUAGAGACUCGUGGGUUUCUGUGGAGUGAUUGAUUGAUUGAACCUUUGCUCUACUCUCUGUUCUCCCUCAAAGCCAGGAACAAAGGUUUCAGAGUUUAAAUGAGACUUCAGGCAAUACUUGUAUCUGAGCCCCAUCCCAGCUGCUGUCUGUGCCUUAAAGGGCGUUUGAGUCUGUGCCUUAAAUGGCGUUUGAGUCCCGUGCCUUAAAGGGCGUUUGAGUCCGUGCCUUAAACGGCACUGCAGCUAGGCUAAAACGGGGUGAGAACCCACCCAAUCAACAUCCCCAAAAGGGUGAACAAGUGUCACUAUACAUGCCAUCUGCACCAGUAUGCUUAGUGCUUGGCAUCACUCAUAAAUGGUAGGGGGGCAGGUCAGAUGACUGAUGACAGAGGAUUCUAAAUCGAGUAUCCAUGAAACAUGAGACAACAAGAUGGCGCUGUGCCACAAGGAUACACCACACCCAGAAGGCCUUAGAACGAAAUUUUAAUAUUUAUUUUGAAUCCCGAUCCUAAUUUGCAUAAGCCACGCCCCUUUUUACCUGUGCCACGCCCACAGACAUUCCAGGGUGUCAAGUGACUGUCAGGUGUCAAUCUAGUGAGGCCCCACCCCCUCCCCACCCCUGCACAUAGUCCCUACCCCCUAGCUAACAGGAAGUGCUUCUAGCUUAAUUCAAAGCCACAUAGACGCCUUCCUGUCUAUCAGGCACCAAAGCCCCACCCUCUAAUGCCCCCAUACCCUAGUGUGGGAAAGCGCCAUAGUCAGCUGCCCCAGAAGUCUUUGCAGUACUUUGCUGGCAUAUCAUUUCCCAAAUUUGGAGGGGGCUGGAAAUGGGCGUGGAGGGGACGAGGUAAGGGAUAAAACCUCGUAGUGUCAUUUGAGCAGGUGCCUUGCUUGGUGGUAGAGAGCAGAAGCCACUUCUAGGGGCUCUGUUAUCAUGCAAGCUCUAAACAUCCCUCUCACCGUCUCUUCAGACUCAGCCUCGUCCCCUCCCAGCCCCGCCGCAACUUCGUCGCCCCGGCUGGAGGGUCUGGGCUCCACAACCAGAGCACCCCCUGCUUUGGAGGAGGCUGCUAAUAUUGGCCCAGCCAGCGGAUCAUCGUCCAGGCAAUUUCGGAAGAGAAUCUUGGGCACCAGUGAUUCCCCGGUCCUCUUUAUCCACCGUCCGGGAACUUCGGGAACUACGCAACGACUAGAGUACAGGGGCCGAAUAGUUACCACUGAGCUCACUGUGCACAGGGAGGAGGAGGAGGAGGAAGAGGAAGAGGAGGACGACUACGACGACUGCAGACCCUUAACCCAGGGUCCUGCAUCUCCUCGGGCUAAACUUGCCCAGCCAGACCCGCAGAAGCCUAAGUCAAGGCCUGUACCAAGGCCUGAGCCAAGGCCUCUGCCACCGAGGCCUGAGCCGAGGCCUGUGCCACAGGAGCCUGAGCCACAGGAGCCUGAGCCACAGGAGCCUGAGCCACCAAAGCCUGAGCCGAGGCCUGUGCCACAGGAGCCUGAGCCACCAAAGCCUGAGCCGAGGCCUGUGCCACAGGAGCCUGAGCCACCGAAGCCUGAGCCAAGGCCUGUGCCACAGGAGCCUGAGCCACCAAAGCCUGAGCCGAGGCCUGUACCACCAAAGCCUGAGCCAAGGCCUGUGCCACCGAAGCCUGAGCCAAGGCCUGUGCCACCGAAGCUUGAGCCGAGGCCUGUGCCACCGAGGCCUGAGCGGAGGCCUGUGCCACCGAGGCCUGAGCGGAGGCCUCUGCCACUAAGGCCUGAGCUAAGGCCUCUGCAGCCAAGGCCUCUCCCACCGAGGCCUGAGCUGAGGCCUCUGCAGCCAAGGCCUCUGCAGCUAAGGCCUCUGCCACCGAGGCCUGAGGCAAGGCCUCUGCCACCAACGCCUGAGGCAAGGCCUCUGCCACCAACACCUGAGCCUGAGCCUGAGCCUGAGCUGAAGCCUGAGGCAAAACCAGAGAAGAAACAGGCUAGAGCAUCCCGAGAAUCCAGCCCCGUGCCCAAGUGCUGUGGCCUGUGGCCCAGGAGAUCCCCACGCUCCCAGAACUGA